AUGUUGAUUUCGGAAGAAGUUGCCGCAGUCGUAAAGUUGAUGGACGAAUUAGAAAAAACAGUUGAAGUGGACCUGAACGAACAGUGGAAGCACAUCCAGGACGUGGUCCGUGAAAUGAUCGAAAAUUUUGUGAUUAAUCUCUCGUCCAUACAAUUCACUCGCGAAGAGCUACAUUUGCUUAACAAGGGGCUAAAUUUCGCAAUUUUACCCGUUAGUGCACCAAUAGCCGAUGUAGUGAAUAAUAUUGAAAGUGCCAUUCAGUACCAGUGUCACUCGAUAAAAUCCGCGGUUCGCCUUGACGUAGAAAAAUGCAUUUCCCGCUCAAUAAAUAGUCAAAACAAAUCUAGAAAUAUUGAUUUUGAUACGUGGUGCGUGGUACGAAGGUUGAAGUCCCGUAAAGUGGUUUACUCCCGUGCGGACAAAGGAAACGCGAUCGUGAUUAUGGACAACUCAGACUACGAUUCACGUGUCUCCGACAUGAUAAAUUCGGGUCCGUACGAGGAAUGUAAGUAUAAAAACGGAAAACCAAGAGAUCCACUAAACACUAUGGUGGAACAGGCAAAUAUUACUAGGCGACAAGUAGCACACCUGAUGGGAGAGGAGAAGUUGGAUAGAAAACUACAUGUUCCGAAUCCUAAAGUAGCAUCCCUCUACUGCCUACCAAAAGUCCAUAAAAACCCGUUAGCUAUGCGUCCUAUUUCGUCCAAUAUCUGCACACCCACUGAAAAAAUGGCUGCAUGGCUGGUAGAUGAGCUGAGAAAGUACCCGGUGACACAGGGGAAAAGUCUAAAAAACUCCGUAGAAUUGGUUAAGCAGGUGGAGUAUCUGGAAAUCCGUAGGGGGGAAAUCCUAGUAUCCUUCGAUGUGACUGCCCUGUUCCCAAGUGUACCUGUGAAUGAAGCCAUAAAAUACUUGCGCACACACCUAGAACGUUACCGCGCCCCCCCAAAUCACAUUGAGGCCUAUAUGUCAGUGGCCGAAUUAAGUAUGAAACAAAAUUUGUUUAUGUUCAGAGGAAAAAAUUAUAAACAGGUCUUCGGUCUAAGUAUGGGUAGUAAAUUGUCUCCACUGUUAGCCGAAAUUUUCAUGUCCAAUUUCGAGGUUGAAGCUGAAGGAAAUAAACUCUUCCCUCGGAUAUGGAAACGGUAUGUGGAUGACAUUUUUGCUUUGGUGAAGGAACGCACGCUAACACAAACUCUCGACUUUCUUAACUCACGGCACACCACAAUCAAGUUCACGGUUGAAAAAGAAGUCGAAGGAAAACUUCCUUUCCUUGAUUUACUUAUUACACGGAAGGAUAACAAUAAGCUAAAAUUUGGAAUCUAUCGAAAGCCAACUUCAACAGAUCGUUACAUCACAGCUGACUCGAACCAUUUCGGUGGUCAAAAACAGGCCGCUUUUCAUUCCAUGGCCCAUCGCAUCUUCAACAUACCGAUGGAAGAACAAGAGUUUUUAGCAGAAAAAGAAACAAUAUAUAAAGCAGCCGAAUUGAACGGGUACGACAAACAUUUCGUCGACAAAAUCCUCCGUAAGCACGAAAGAAAGAAACACAGACGAGACGCCACCACUUUAAUACCGAAAAAUGAGGAGAUUCGAAGAGUCAGCCUCCCGUUUUACCCUACCAUCACGAAUCCACUGAAGCAUACCCUCCGCAGAUAUGGAAUAAAUAUUGCACAUAAAAGCGUUAACACUUUACGUGAACUUCUGGUUAACCUGAAGGACAAAGCUCCACAAGACGAACGAGCUGGAAUUUAUAAAAUACCGUGCAAAGACUGCGACGCGGUAUAUAUCGGGCAAACACGAAGAAAAGUUAAAGUGCGGCUUAAAGAGCAUAGAAGAGCAGUAGAAAUGAACAAAACGAGUGAAUCCAGUGUAGCAACACAUAAAGUGAGUAACCAACACGAGAUCGAUUGGGAUAAGGCGGGUCUGAUCAAAAGCAUCAAUAAAAUUGGUCUCCUCAAUGCUUGGGAGUCAAUGUACAUUGCGACGGCCAAACAACCAUUGAUGAACGACGACGAUGCACCGAUCAACUCAAUUCUCUUCAACUUGACAACGGGGAGAAAGUAA